AUGGGCGGUGAAAAGAGCUGCCGCCACGUGGGGCAGGCCGUACGUCUGCCUGAAUUCCGUCGUGAGCUUAAAAAGCGCUCGCAUCUUCUUUGUGAGAGUUGGGACAAGUACACAGAGGCCACAGACCUGCUCGUGUGCGUGAGUUGCGGCUUCAUUGGCUGCUUCAGCGACGGCCACUUCAGUCUCCACUUACAGGCUCAUCCCAAGCACUUUGUGGGACUGCAGCUGGCCUCCAAGACCUUCUGGUGCGAGCCUUGCAACAUGGAUAUCCCCAUCAACGUACGUCCUAAAGUCGAGAGCGCUCGUCAGGGUUUCUGCGACGCAGUGGAGGAGCUAGCAGCCAAGAAGAGAAGACAGCUGCGUAACCAGAUACGCGCUCCACAGACGACUUUAUCGCCAAUCACAACGCCCAACGGCUCGACCAAUAACCUGCUGGAUCUAGAGACUCAUUCCGACACGCCUCCGAUUCCCAGAGACGCCUUAACACUGGAUAACGAUGUCGAUGGCCACUCUAACAGCAACGGAGUGGCGCUACUGGACAUGCCGUUAAGAACCAAAGCGAGAGAAGAUAAAAUGCGUCGCAGGAUGUUAAAAACAGCCUUGAAAAGAGAACCCAUGCAGGAGAUCAGUGUCUCUUCGACAGAUACUGAAACUUCGGGAGAAUUGCCCAAUACGGUGCUCGGGUUUACGAAUUUAGGCAACACGUGCUACUUCAACGCGUCCAUGCAAGCCUUACUGACCGCGACGCACUAUUUCCCAGAGCACACGCACAUCGAGGACGUGCUGGAGACGAAGAACACGCCCAUCACGACGACCUUCACCAUGCUCCACGAGACCGUGAAAAAGCGUGCUCGGAAAGCGCUCGCCGGCGAGUCGUCAUCAGAUCGUCGCGGCAGGACAAAGAGCAGUCGAGCACGCUCGGGCUCGUCGUCCGUGCUGACUGUAGCGCCGUUACUCAAGGAGAUGCGUCAUAAGUUUUCACAGUUUCGAGGCCAUUAUCAACAAGACGCGCACGAGCUGUUCACCAGCUUCUUGUGGGCUAUCGACGAAGAGAUGGACCCUCCUCUCCCCGCCUCUGAAGCGGCUACCGACAGUGUCACUACCAGUAGCUGCAGUACAGCCACGUCGUCGGAAUUACUCGACGACGAAAACGGAACGUGGCCCGAAGAAGACGCGACGGACAGCGAACAGACCGAGGAAACUGAGGAGGAAGAAGGCAGCGAGAGUGACGUCGAACAGGAGGAAACCAAGCAGAUCUUUGUCAAAACCGAGACGGGCGAGACGAUCUCGAUGCAGGUGCCCAAGAACGCGACUUUGAAGGACGUGCAGCAUUUACUGGCCAAGAGACUGAACUUAAACGAAGAAGACAUGAUGCUGGACGCGUCCAAAGUGGAAACUCGCGCGACGUUGUCGUCCCGCCCGUCGGCUGUACUCCACGCGCGAGCAGAGAAGCGGAAGAUGUAUUCUCGGCUGAAUUUCACGCGUAAUCUCUUCGGCGGCGCCUUGACGACUGCCGUGACGUGUCAAGCAUGUGGGAAGCGCACGGAGAUCGUCGAAGACGCCUUCCAUCUCAGUGUAUCUGUGCCCGAUGGACGACAUCGAGACUUGUCAACCACGGACUGUCUGGACGACUUUGUGAGGGAGACCCAGCUGCUGGUGGAAGCCAAUAAUGGCUACGACUGUGAGAAAUGUUCUCGUCAGCCCAAAGCGCGCAGUGUGGCCACGAGAUUUAUGCGUAAAAAGCGUCUGGGAUCCGAGCCCGAGAUGGAGGUGGUGCUGCGAGAUGCGUCCAUGCAGUUGUUUGUAUCGGCCUUACCUCGUGUGCUAGUGGUGCAUAUCAAGCGUCUGGCGCGCUCCAGGAAGAUCACACAGCACAUUUCGUUCCGUGACAAGCUCGAUAUGACGCCGUAUGUGAGCGAAACGUUGCGUCAAGGCGGAGGAGAGGCCAAGAACCACUCGCUUUGCUAUGAACUCAUCGCUGUGGUGGUGCAUAUGGGCAACAAACGCUCGGGACAUUACGUGGCGUACGUCAGUCGGUCGCGUCGACGAGAAGCGUUGUUAUUGGCUCGAGCACGCAGUCGUUUGGCCUCUGAAGAGGGCGCUACCGUGCCCGACGUGACGACGCCGAGAAGCGCAGAGCGGACGUGGUAUUACGUCUCAGACACGGUCGUCAAGCGCGUGUCUUUCGAGCAAGUAUUACAGUGCGAAGCGUACAUGCUCUUGUAUCAACGUCGACCCAAAGCUGCUAGUAAGACGCCGACGAAUUCUCCUACAGCGGCGAUGGAACGCUCGCCCACAGAGACGGCACUUUAG